AUGUCUUCUAAUGUGAACGAAUUUUCUAGCGAAGGAAACUCGUCGCAGGUUUCAAACGAAUAUAACUUAGCUCUUAGCUCAUCGAACACACAAUCUCAUGCGACUUCAAGAAAUUCUCAUAUUAUCUCAAAUGCUAACCCAGUCACUUCAGAUACACAGAGGCAGAGUACGAAUACAAAUCGAGCGAAGCCAGUUUUAAAUUUAAAUACGCCAAAUGAAUAUCUCAAACGAGCUGAAUACGCAAGUGAAGAGACACUUGAAGUUAAUCUCGAUAGCAUAAGCUCAGGGAAUCCACUGACUUGGAAAUAUGAAAUCGUGGUUGCCCAACAACCUGUACGCGCACGUAUGUGCGGAUUCGGUGAUAAGGAUCGAAGACCCAUUUCUCCGGCACCAGUAAUUCAAUUAAUUGUCAAGGAUGGUCAAGGAAAAAUCAAACAUCCAAACGAAAUAAAUUGCUCCUUAUUUGUGGUUCAUACAUCUCUUUUGAAAGAAAACGGCAUCGAUGAAGCUAUGAUAAUUACACAUCUUUCUUCUAAGUCAUAUCCCGCAAACUCUAAACAAUCUUUGACCAAUAAUUUACUUGGCAAUCAUGUCGCAUCUCCAUACACGUUAAACGACAUUAACGGUGUACCAGGCAUAUAUUUUAUGUUCCCGGAUUUAAGCGUAAGAACUGAUGGGCUAUUUAAACUAAGUUUCAGUUUGAUAGAUGUGGGCAUAAUUACCAACUUUCCACCGACUUCGAAUAAUCUACGAAAAAUUAUUAAUACGGGAUCUUCGGCAUCGGAUAUUUUGGCUAGUGUAACUUCUAAUAGGUUUGAAGUGUUUCCCGCGAAGAAGUUUCCUGGGAUGCUUGAAAGCACUGCUUUGAUGAGAUGCUUUGCGAAUCAAGGAAUAAAAGUCCCAGUUCGCAAUAAUAUUUUAAAAAAACGCGACAUGCAGGCAUCUCAAUCCGAAGAACCAUCUAGCGAUUAA